UUGCCCCCCUAUGGUCAAAUAAAUCAUCACUUUCCUUUCUCUUUCCAAUUCUACUCUUUUCCCCUGCAUUUGCCUAUAUCAUCAUUACCCUUCUCCUUUUUUCUAAAACUGAGCUCGCCGAAUUUCCCCCUUUUCUCUCCAUACCAAAAGCAGCUAAUUAUAAAUUUUGCUAAAAAUGGAGAUGGAAGUGAUGAUAACUUCACCUCCAGUGGACUUCAACUUCGAUAGUACUUGUACUACUCCCUAUAUAAGUGCUUCUUCAAGCCCUCAACGUUUUGGCAAUUAUUUUCUCAGCGCCCCUACUAGCCCUGCACGUGUCUCCGCCCUCUACGACGGAUACAAUCACCUCCACGGUGGCGAUGCCCUAAGAACAACCGGUGGUGAAGUUCCAUUCAAUUGGGAGGAAAAGCCUGGAAUUCCAAAAUCAAGAGCAACCCGUGAUGAUGAUGAUGAGAAUGAUGAUUUUGCUUUUGAUUUUAGUGGUCAGUUGGAGAGAAGUUCUGUAUCAGCUGCUGAUGAGCUUUUUGAUGGUGGAAAAAUCAAGCCUUUGAAAUUGAAGCCACCACCAAGGUUACAGUAUGAAGGCAAACCAUUUGAUUCGCCGAAAUCUCCAAAGAAAAAGUUCAAGCAAGCUUUCUCUCCCCGAAACAAGAAGAAAGAAUUAGAUCCAUUUGCAGCAGCCCUAGAGCAGAGUAGUCGAACAGAAAAUGAUCGUCCUGGUAGGGAAAGAACUCAGAAAUCUACAACUUCUUCAAGGCACAAAAAGACAAGAUCUUUAUCUCCUUUCAGAGCUUCCGAUCUACUGUUUGAUAGUGAAAGCAAGCAAGAAAAUACAAACAUAUCUGAUUCUUCUUCUUCAUUUUCAUCAAUGAUAACACUAUGGUACAGAAAAUGGAAGCUGAAAGACCUGUUUCUAUUCAGAAGCGCGUCAGAGGGUAGAGCAACUAAUAAAGAUCAGUUAAACAGGUUUUUGAAGAAAACUCAUAGUAAAGAGGAUGCGAAGACUUCAAGCUUUAGAUCAACUGGUAGUAGUGUUGGAUCGUCAUCGGUAUCAAGCUCCUUGAGGAAGAGGGAGGUUUCGGCUCAUGAGUUGCAUUACACGUUGAAUAGGGCACUCUCGGAGGAGAUGAAGAGGAAAACUUUCUUGCCAUACAAGAAUGGCGUACUGGGUUGCUUAGGCUUCGUUCCUUCAUUGGAUGAUACAAGUUUUAGAGGGGUCAAUCGGAGGUAAUACGGAAGGAUUGUGCGCAAAUUGAAGCCAAAAGAGAAGAAUUUAGAGGGAGUAUGAUUUUUGGCAUCCAGGUUCGAGCUAGGCCAGGUCAAAAUACAAAAGACAUCACAAGAUAGAGUUGGGCGCCCAGCUUAGCGCGAAGCGCCCUCCGUGGCGCCCAAGCAAGAAACUUUUCCUACUUCGGCUAGGACUUGGUAGUUUCGCCAUUACACUCCCCCAACAUGUAUAAAAGGGGUUCUAAACCUCUUUUUUAGAGGUUAGACAUUAUUAUUCGGGAGGCGAAAGAUGACUGUAACAUUUGCAAAGCACCAGAUCAUACGGGUUCUUCUUCCAUACUUUCUUAGUUUGUAGAUUAAUGCUUUCAAUUAUUAACGUGAUUGUUAGCAUGA